UCCCAGGAGAGAAAGAGGUGCUUGACCCGAGCACAGGUGUUGUGAAUUAGACCAAAAUUCCGUCCGAACGGUUUAAGUAGACUUAGGAGACUUAAAUAAGGUGUUGUUUUCGAUAAUUUUGGUUGAUAGUCCUACCAUGGCGUUUUCUCUGAGUGAGAAUCCCAGACUUCUUAACUGCCUGGAUUCUGAUAUUCCAGCCCUGUCUACAUGCAGUAAUGCAGAUGCGUUUUCCAGGAUGAACACCAUGCUGGGAAACUCACUGGAUCUGAGCGGGGUUUGCACAACUCCCACUGCCAAGUGCAAGCGAGACCCUUUUAAUGGUCGUCCCGACUCGGACUUGUCUGCAGUCCGGAGCAGGAUGCUCUUUCCCAGCGGUGGCCAGGACUCAUCCAGGGGUCUGCCUGAUGUCAAUAACUGGGGUCUGGGCCUACAGUCCCUCAGCCUGUCUGACUGGGAGAGACCGUGGAGCAGCCAUGACACCGAUCCCUCUGCACAGAGCAACACAGCCUCACUGCAAGGGAUUUUGGGGACUCCCAGCCAUCUCUCCAACAAGCUUCCGAGCUACUCCGAGCCUUCUAUUGGUGCCACAGACUUCCUAGAAAGAUUUCCCGGUAUGGCGCGCUUGAACUCUCAAUCUUUCCUGGACUCUCACUCCAUUAGCCCUGUGGACUCAGAGACCAGCGGCUUCAGCUCUGGUUCAGAUCACCUCUCAGACCUGCUGUCGUCUUUGAGGAUCUCGCCGUCUGUGCCCUUCCUUAUGUCCAGUAUGCGAAGGGAUCCUCUCAAGCUAGCUCUGGGCUCUCGUAUGGACCACAGCAGCUCCCCUCUCACCCCGCCACCCAGUGCCACCUCAAGUGGUGGUCUGUCCCACCGCUGGCCUGGUGCCUCCAUCUGGCCCAACUGGGACCUAAUGAAGACCCCUGAGAGCCCCUUCAGCAUUGAAAGAGAGGCUUGGCUUCACAGACAGGCAGCCUCCAUCAAUGAAGCUACUUUCACAUGGAGUGGGCAGUUGCCCCCCAGACACUACCAAAAUCCCAUUUAUUCCUGCAAGGUCUUUUUAGGAGGAGUUCCCUGGGACAUCACUGAAGCUGGUUUGAUAAACACUUUUAAAUGCUAUGGCCCUCUCAGUGUGGAGUGGCCAGGUAAGGAUGGCAAGCACCCUCGCUGCCCUCCGAAAGGUAAUAUGCCCAAAGGUUUUUUUUUUUUGGUUUUUGUUUUGUUUAAUUCUGUGCGUGCCCUGCUGCAGGACUGCACUGAGGACCUGCUCCAUCCUGAGGGCUACAGCGAGUAUUACUUCAAAAUGUCCAGCAGAAGGAUGCGCUGCAAAGAUGCACAGGUGAUUCCUUGGGUGAUUUCAGACAGUAACUAUGUGAGUUGCCCCUCUCAAAGGCUGGACCCUAGGAACACUGUGUUUGUAGGAGCCCUGCAUGGCAUGCUCAACGCUGAGGCCUUGGCCAGCAUCAUGAAUGAUCUGUUUGGAGGUGUUGUGUAUGCGGGCAUCGACACAGACAAGCACAAAUACCCCAUUGGAUCUGGACGUGUAACCUUUAACAACCAACGCAGUUAUCUGAAAGCUGUGAGUGCUGCAUUUGUUGAGAUAAAGACGCCCAAAUUUACAAAGAAGGUUCAGAUUGACCCAUACUUGGAGGAUGCCAUCUGUCAAUCAUGCAGUCGUGAGCCUGGGCCAUUCUUUUGCAGGGACAAGACCUGCUUCAAAUACUACUGUCGCUCCUGCUGGCAUAGGCAGCACUCCAUGGACAUCCUCAGUAACCAUCGCCCUCUGAUGCGCAACCAGAAGAAGCGGGAUGCCAACUGAAACCACGCAUGGCAGCACGAUGCCUCAGCCUGGAUGUCCAUUGCGUCUGCUUCCCUUCGGGGAACCGCUCCAGAGUCGGCCCCCCUUCAAAACUCCUUCCCAGGAGUUGGGGCAUGGGGCACACUGUAGAAAGUUCACUGUUGCA